AUGUCAGAAUCAGACGCCGAAAUCCUUGAGUUGAUAGAACAAGGGUCUUUCUCCUAUGCUCAGCAGCUCUUGUCUCGAAAGUUAAAGAAAUUUCCUGCGAGGAGCUACUAUCAUGCAUUAAAUAAUCAUCUCGCUUACAGUAGAGGUGCAGUGAGGGAAGCAUUGAAAGCGAAUACUGAGCUACUUCAGAAAGUACCAAGUGAUCCCGAUACUCUUCGCUUACUCAAUGAGUUUUUCACCAAAGUCGGCUAUGAAAAAGAGGCCAAUCUAGUAUAUGAGAAUGCGAUCAAGAAAUAUCCAAGUUCCCAAUUGAUAUUGGAGUGGUUCAAAAAUAGUAUCAAUAAGUUUGAUCUAAAACUUUACCAAAGAAUAUUAAUGCUUUUGCAAAAGCAUGAAAAAUCAAAUAGAUCUUUUGCUUUUUGGGCUGCUAUUGGCUGUUAUACUUUGGCAAACCACUUAGAAAGUGAACAAGGUAAACCGCAACUCUUUACAUCUUUGGGCAUCAAGUUAUUAGAGGGCCUUCUUCCUUCUACUAAUGACCAAGAGUUAUUUGUCCAGGUGAAAUUGAUGGAACAGGCAGGAGACGAGAAAGGAAUCAAAGAUUUAAUCGAACAGUUUUUGAAUUCAAAGACUAUCAAUUUGGACCUACAAUUAAUUUAUUUGGAUUGUUUGGAAAACCUUCAAUCGUGGGAAGCGCUUUACAAUCAUAGUAAGGAAUUGAUACUUGUAAAAAAUUUUAAUGACUUCGACACUUGGAAACUCUUGAUUAGAUCUUCGAAGGAAAUUGGAAAACAGUUUUCUGAAAUUGAACCAAUAAUUCAUUCUUCGACAGUAUCAAGGAAUGCGAGUUUAUCUCUAAUUGAAUUAUGCUUGGCGUAUGAUCAAAACCUUUUUCCUUAUGUUCAAAGUUACUACCUAAAAUUUCGUGGCAAAGUGUGCUGCUUCAACGAUUUAAAAAUUUACUCUCUGAAAUUCGAUAAAGAUGAGGUAUUGUCUUUUAUAACUACAAAUUUAAUUGAAGACAGUAAUAACCCACUAUCUGAGCUAAUAAAUCAAGUAAAUAUUCAAAAGUUUUCCUAUUUCUUAAGUGAUAUGACAGACUUACAAGGAUUUGUCUCUAAAAAUUGGAAUAUUUACAAUAAGUAUCACAACCUAUUAAUUAACAAACCAGAGUUUGAUAGCUAUCCAGCAAAUGAAUUAAUUAUGAUGAAUAUUGUUACUUCCUUGCAAGAAAAAGACACAGUAAAUUCGGUGUUUAGGGCCAUUAUAGUAUUGCAAAAGAUUUUGUCAGUCGAUCCUAAUGAUCCUAGAGCACGGUUAUUACUAUUGAAAUUACUUUCCAGUUUUAGUUUUCCCAGCAUUUCCUUAUACAAUUAUGAAGCCUUAAAAAUAAAAAUGGUACAGCAUGAUACCUUGGGUCACUACAUUCAAUUAACACCAUCAGUUUCUAGUUUGAACUAUUUACUUAAGAUUUAUCGUUUCUAUUUAACUGCCGAGCAAGAGAUUCAUGAAAGCAUCAUUGGAGGUUUUGAAAAGGGAGCCUUCACAAAAAUUGAAGGAUUUUGUUCGUUUGGAAGAAGAAUAAGGUUUUCAUUUUCCAAGUUUCAGCUUAUCUUGGAUAUUUUGAAAAUUUCGAAGAUUACGAAAAGUACCCAAUACAUAACAUAUUUCACAAAAAUCAUUAAAGAUUAUGAGUUCUGUUUAUUAGAUGAAAGUCUUGAGUUAUAUGAUAAUAGGGAUUUCAAAACUGUUUGGAAAUUUGGGUUGAACAAAGAAUACGAUUUAUAUUCGAUCAAUAAGCCAAAAUCCAAAGAGUUUAUUCACUUAAACCUAAUAAGGCAGCUAUUAAUUAUUGAAGGUGACAAAGCUAAGGCAGCCAAAAUGAUUAAAAUAUUUAACAAGUUUUUGAGUAACAAUGUUUUAUUAAAUCAGUUGGAUGCAUUUGAAAAUUGGAUAUAUAAGAUAUAUCUAAAUCUUUUCAAGCUAACUAAAUUAGAGCCAACAAAAGAAACAGACUCGAUAUCAAACUUCUUGAAUAAAAAUUUGAAAUUGAGUAAAAUACAAAGCAUUUUGAUCACUGAUAACUCCCUUUCAAAUACAUUUAUGAGUAAUUUAAGUAGUAUGAUAGAGCUUAUUGGUGAUAUUAAAUAUUUGACGCGUGGAACCAAGGAUUCACAUAAAAAUAUUCAAGCAUUAAGGGAUCAUUUGAUCAAAGAUAUUAAGCAAUUAGAUUUCAAAAGUCUCAGACUUCAGCAUCUAAAACAUAUAAAGGAGUCCUUGGUUUUCCAAGAAGAAGAGUCAAUUGAUAAAAUGUUCAUAGAUAGAUGCUUUGAAUCGUUUGAAGAAUCCCUUGACCAAUUUUUUGACGUUUCGAAAUUUUUAUAG